AUGUGUUUCUGUAUCAGGGUUUUCAGGUCCAAACCCAAGGAGGAGUCCGAGGUGGUCUCCAUCGUUCAUCGGGUGAAGAUGGCCGAGGAUGAGACAUCCUCUGUCAACCUCCCAAGCGAACGUCUGGAUGGCGCUGCUUCGCAGCGUGAACCAGCGCAAGGCUUGAUGAACAGGUUCUUCAGAAGGAGAGGGUCGGGAAAGGCAGAGUCCGAGGAGUCGGAGUCCGUCAAUAGCCGGAGCUAUCGUUCGAAGGCGACUUUAGGGAUUCUUAGCGACAAGGAGACGGAUGAAGUACCAGGAACGGUGCUGUUGCUCUCCUCGAAUCGUAACGAACCAUUGGGUCUGCGACACCAGCAGCGGCGAACAUCCGCAUCUUCUCUACCUAAUGUCAUUCCUGGCUCUCGCUCUUCAUCGCGCACGACGGCGCCCCAGCCAAAAAAGACGGCAGACGGUCGAAUUGUCCUCAAUCCGCAGCCAGAUGAUUCCGUUAAUGACCCGCUGAACUGGCCCAUGUGGCGGCGCGAUGCUGCGUUGCUCUCCUUGGGCUUCUACUGCUUAAUGGGAGGAGGAAUGACACCCAUUCUUGCUGCUGGGUUCAACCAGGUCUCUGAGAGCUACGGUGUGAGCACUCAGAAAGUAGCCUACACCACCGGGUUAUACAUGUUGGGUCUCGGAGUCGGGUCGGUCAUAAUGUCACCGACCGCAAUUCUAUGGGGAAAGCGACCAGUCUAUCUCCUAGGGGCUACACUCUUUGUCCUUUCUGCCGUGUGGUGUGCCUUGUCUCCAAAUUACCCCAGUUUGGUGAUUGCUCGGGUUUUCCAAGGGAUCGCCGUCAGUACUGUCGAGUGUCUUCCCUCGGCCACUAUUGCCGAAAUCUACUUCCUGCAUGAGCGAGCAUAUCGUGUUGGCAUCUACACUCUUCUCCUUCUCGGUGGCAAAAACCUCGUGCCUCUGGUCAGCGCUGCUAUUAUCGGCCGUAUGGGAUGGCGUUGGGUGUUUUGGAUUGUCGCAAUUAUUGUUGGUGCUUGUCUCGUCCUCCUCUUCUUUUUCGUUCCCGAAACGUUCUGGGAUCGCACUCCGCGUCCUCGUCGCUCUCACAAGCGUCCUCAUAUGAUACAGAGCGUAUCGGACCUUCUCCGGGGUCGACAACUUCACCACCGUCUAGAGAACCCAGCCUUGAAUGGAGACCAUAUCUCACCCGCUCCCAGAAAGUCCAACAAGGGUCACGUCGGCUUUGUGGAGGAUCCAGAUCAGGAAGGAAACCCCGUAGAUAAGAAGGAAAGAAAUCUUGAAGACAACGACCGGAUAUUGCCAUCCGAGACGCCAGCCGAGCACAACGAUCAGUUGGUCUUGGCGGAUCCUGAGAAGCACGAUGCGUCCCUACAAAUACCUGCUCCAGCGGUCACUCGUGAGUCGGACUCUCAGCGCGAUCUCGAAUCUGCUAGGCAACCUGCUGUGUCGCCCGCGCGUAGCGAAUCCGUGGGUUCAGCCGUACCACUGCCUCCGUCCCAGGUGUAUACCAACCGACUACGAGAGAAACCUCAAAUCCCCUUUACGCAUUAUCUGCGAGUCUGGAACGGGCGAAUCUCGCAUGACAAAUGGUUACGAGUCGCCAUGCGACCGUUCAUUCUGUUCGCCUACCCAGCUGUUCUCUGGUCAUCAGUAGUGUAUGCACUGUCGGUUGGAUGGCUUAUCGUGCUGUCCGAGUCUGUGGCGCAUCUGUACCAGGGCCCGCAUGGUUACAACUUCACACCACUACAGACAGGCCUGAUUUAUAUCUCGCCCUUUGUCGGCGGUCUUUUAGGAACCGCGGUUGCCGGUAAAGUAUCCGAUGUGAUUGUGCGAUUCAUGUCCCGGCGCAAUGGAGGCGUCUACGAGCCCGAAUUCCGUCUUGUCAUGGCCAUCCCUAUUGCUCUAUCGACUUCGGCGGGAUUGAUGGCAUUCGGAUGGAGCACGGAGGAGAAAGAUUCCUGGAUCGUGCCUACGAUCUUCUUCGGUCUGAUCUCAUUUGGAUGCUGUCUCGGCAGCACGACAUCGAUCACUUUCUGCGUGGAUAGCUACCGGCAGUAUGCCGGUGAGGCCUUGGUGACUCUGAACUGGAGCAAGAACGUAUUUCACGGCCUGAUUUUUUCGUUGUUCAUUGUCGACUGGCUCGAGGCCGAUGGCGCGCGGACGGUAUUCCUCGCGCUCGGGGGCAUUCAACUUGGAUGUUUGUUUUUCACGAUACCCAUGUACAUCUACGGCAAGCGAGCGCGAAUGUGGACGGUACGGAAGUGUUUGAUGGAGAAGUUUUGA